AUGCUCAACUCAACACUUAUCGCAACGUCUCUCGUCGCCGGAGCGCUCGCUGCCCCCAACCCAGUCGCUCCUCGCGCGGCUGGUGGUAUUGCCCUUCCCUUCACGGGUCGUGCGCACGACUCGUUCAACGAAUACCACUCCCUUGAGCGCCGUGAUGCCAUUGUUGCUGCCAAUCUUACAUAUGGACGGGUUUGGAACUACCGUGUACCUAUCCAGAUCGGAACACCCCCACAGGAUGUCCUGGUUGGUAUGACCGCAGCGAAAUACAGCAACAUGCAGAUGUACGAAAGCGGAGGGGAUGAACGGUACACGGUAGACAAUGGGGCCGUGAGCUACUAUUAUCCGGGAAACUCUAGCACGUCGGCGUCUACUGGCAAGAACAUCACGGGCACUGCCACUUGGAACAUUUCAGGCGUUGUCAAGUCGGACACAGUGACCAUUGGCGGGCUUACAUUCCCCGACCUGCCUUUCUAUGGCCAGAAUACCAGCAAUUGGGCUGGCACGUCCAGUUUUCUGAACCUGGUCGGCUAUCUAGGUAUUGGAUUCGAUGCCGACCCCACGGGCGACUUUGGUGACCCUCUCUGGAAGCGCGUCGUGGCCCAGGGAGGUGCUCCUGAAGCAGGUAUCUACUUGGAGCGAACUGUAUCCGAGGGUGGUCUCGUCGUUGGCGGCUGGCCUUUCCAAGAGAACGCGGGUGAACUGAUGCUUGGUGGCCUCAACGCUGCAUACUACCAAGGUAGCAUCAACUACAUGGAUCUCGACAACUCCACCACAGCAGAGGAAAGCGGGGGCAGUGCGUAUCUCCAACUCGACGAGAUCAAGGUCAACGGGCAAGCGCUCGCGUCAGUCAAUGAAACCGCCACGUCAUGGACUCCAAAGGCCACCGGGGAAGGUAAUGUUACAUACGACGUCAGUGUCCCUGGGCCCGUCAUGCUGGCUCUAUCUGGUAUUGCAAUCAAUCUCGGAAACGAGACGUUCAACGCUUUGCACGCCAAGAUUCCCGGUGCAACGCCAAUGGGCCCUCUCAUCAACUACCCCAUCCCAGUGUACAUGAUGAAUGUGCCCUGCAACACGACUGCUGAAGUGAGCCUCACUUUUGGCGGCGUCGACUACCCCCUGCGUCCAGAGGACUGGAUUUGGCGCGACCGCGACACCCCCGGCGAAGGCUGCCAGAGCAUGAUUGUCAACUACCCCACCCAAUCCGCCUACAUCGGUACACCAUUCCUCCAAAGCGUGUACACUGCGUUCCAGUUCGAGAAGCGCCAGAUUGGCUUUGCCAAGGUCGCCGACGGCCUGCCGACUCGUAAUGUUAGUGUGAAUGGCACCGUCACCGUCGGUGUGGCAAGUGCCACUGGCACUGCCAGCGGCAGCAGCAGCGCCGCCGUGGCCCUCCACCCCUCUUCCGUUGUAGCCGCGCUUGCUGUCCUUGGCGUUGCCGCUGCGUCUCUUCUGUAG